AUGGCGCCAACACCGCGCUUCUCCUCCGAUAAAGUCACGGUAGUCUUCGUCCUCGGUGGCCCCGGUGCAGGCAAAGGCACACAAUCCGAAAACCUCGUCCGCGAUUAUGGCUUCAGUCACCUCUCGGCCGGCGACCUCCUACGCGCCGAACAAGUUCGCGAGGGGAGCGAAUACGGUGAAUUGAUCCGUCAUCAUAUCCGGGAGGGCACAAUUGUACCCAUGGAAGUCACCGUUGCCCUACUCUCGAACGCAAUGGCCGCAAUUCUCGAACAAAACAGCUCCAAGGCUACACCUGCUCGAUUCUUGAUCGAUGGAUUCCCGCGUCAGAUUGAUCAAGCGCAUUUCUUUGAAGAGACCGUCUGCGUGUCUAAGUUGGUCUUGUUUCUGAGCUGCCCUGAAGAAGUCAUGUUGUCUCGGUUAUUGAAACGUGGUGAAACCAGUGGUCGGGAUGAUGAUAAUAUCGAGUCGAUUCGGAAGAGGUUCCGUACUUUCGAGCAGACUUCAAUGCCUGUUGUGCGUGAGUUCGAGGAGAAGGGCAAGGUUAUCAGUGUUGAGGCUACGGGGUCAAAGGAGGAGGUUUAUGAGAGGAUCAAAGCCGAGUUGAAAUCCAAGGGGGUUGAUGCUUUGUAG